AUGCCCUUGCAACUUGUCAUUAGUGACCCUACGAGGGUGAAAACCAUUAAGACUGAGUUGGAAUCCAUCGGUGCGUUUGUGAAACCUAUCAGAUCUGAUCCGCAGGGCCGGAUAAUAGUGCGAACCAAUGAAACGUCCCCUUCGGAGCUUGAGCGCCGUUUCCCUGGGGAGACAAUCGAACAGUACGAGGACGCAAUCGAGGUGAAAAAGGGCGCACCUACCUCUCAGGACUUGAUGAGCUUCACGGCGUGGUAUUUCACGGAGGUGUGCCCUGUAGGUCGGGCCCAAUUGGAACAGAUGCUCGAUUGCACGCCGAGCAAGUACUCCGUUUACCCACCCGUGCUUCUGCUAAACAAUUCGACAAAGAGGACGUUCCAGCAUGAAGUGUUUACAGGGGUCCCGAAUAUGCCCGUUUUUUACGAUGCGUUGCUCGAAUUCAUGGGGCUUGGCAUUUUGGCGCUUAACAAGCCUAUUGAUGAAAACGAUGAAGUGAGGAAACCGGACAACUUGCAGGUGCUACACUGUCUGCGGGGCAAAACCUACAAUGAGGACGAGGUAUGGUGUCAGUUGAAACAAAACGGGAUCUGGCAAGUGUGGAACCCGUUCCAUACCAUGUUUUCUCGAGGGAACGUCAAGGAGAAGAAGAGGAUUCUGGAUACGUUCUCGGACGUCGCGGGCCACGACGUGAUCGACCUAUAUUGUGGGAUCGGAUACUUCAGCUUCAGUUACCUGCGGCUAGGUUGUAGGUACCUGUUUGGAUUUGACUUGAACCCGUGGUCGAUCGACGGUCUGCACCGCGGGCUUACCCUGAACGACUACUUCUCGCGAGACCCUGCACACCUCUCUUGGUUCGUGUACAACGAGACCAAUGAGGCCUCUAUUGGGCGGAUCGCUGAAGUGAGACAGCGACUGCAAUUGGGGCUACUGAGAGUCCGCCACAUCAACCUGGGCUUGCUCCCAUCGAGCGAGCAAGGCUGGCCUGUAAGCGUGUCCAUCUUGCGGACGCACCACGAUUGGGCUGCCUGCCCAACGGUCUCAUUGCACAUCCACGAGAAUGUCCACAUUGGUUCCCUCACAGACGGCACAUUUACAGAACGGGUACUACGAAGACUCACUGAUUUGGCGGAAUUGCCAGGGGACCAGCAGCAGCACUCCUGGCAAUUUACUGCCAAGAGACUGGAAAGAAUCAAGACUUUUGCACCGGAUGUGUGGCACGUCUGCCUAGACGUCGACGUGGAGCAGAAACGGAACGGUCAAGGCAAGCAGCAGUGA